GUACUGUAAGGAUGAAGAUGUCUGGACGGGCAGUGGAGCUAUUUGUCACCGUGUGGGUUAUACUUUCUCCUGUAUGGGCUGUGGUCGACUCUGAUGAUGUCAUUACCCUGGAUGAACAAAUAUAUAUGGUGACACAAGCACAGCGUAACUGCCAGAUGGGCAUCAAAGCUCAGAUAUUUGGAAAACAACAUGACCUUCUGAAUGGAUUGGGAUGUCCUCCGGAGUGGGACGGCCUAAUAUGUUGGCCUCGAGGGGCCCCAAAUCAACUGGUUUCUGUCCCUUGUCCAAAGCAUAUCUAUGAUUUCAAUCACCAAGGCCUUGCCUAUCGGAGAUGUGGGGAAUCAGGAACCUGGAUUCAGGUGCCAGAACUUAAUCGAGCAUGGGCCAACUAUAGUGAGUGCUUGAUGUUCACCAGUCCAGGGAAAAAGCUCCAAGACAAGAACGUCUUCGACCGUCUCCGCGUGAUCUACACUGUGGGAUACUCCGCCUCCCUGGCCGCGUUAAUGUUGGCGCUCAUCAUUCUCUGCUACUUCAAACGUCUCCACUGCACCCGAAAUUACAUCCACAUCCACCUUUUCACCUCUUUCGUUUGCCGGGCGGGAAGCAUCUUCUUGAAAGAUGCCGUUCUGUAUUCCGGUGACGACAAAGUAAUAUCGGAGAACGCAAAGGAUGGAACGGAGCUUACAAAGGCCACAGAGAUGCAGUGGGUUGGCUGCAAAGUGACGGUUACACUGUUCCUAUAUUUCUUGGCCACAAAUCAUUACUGGAUUCUAGUGGAAGGUCUCUAUCUGCACAGCCUUAUGUUCAUGGCCUUCCUGUCCGACCGCAGCUACUUCUGGGCUCUGACCAUCAUCGGAUGGGGUCUGCCAGCUGUGUUCGUAUCUGUGUGGGCAAGUGUGAGAGUGUCUCUGGCAGAUACGCAGUGCUGGGAUCUUAGUGCGGGCCACAUGAAAUUAAUUUAUCAGAUGCCCAUCCUGGCCGCCAAUCUGGUGAAUUUUUUCCUGUUUCUGAACAUUGUCAGAGUUUUGGCCUCCAAGCUAUGGAAAACAAACACUGGGAAAUUAGAUCCGUGCCAGCAAUAUGGGAAGCUCCUGAAGUCCACACUGGUCCUUAUGCCUCUUUUCGGGGUGCAUUACGUGCUGUUCAUGGCCAUGCCUUAUACGGAGGUUCAGGGGCUCCUUUGGCAGAUACAAAUGCAUUACGAGAUGUUCUUCAACUCCUCCCAGGGAUUCUUUGUGGCGAUAAUCUACUGCUUCUGCAAUGGGGAGGUACAGGCUGAAGUUCGCAAGUUCUGGUUUCGUAGGAGCUUGUCCGUGGACCUCAAACAGAAAUCCCGUGUCACCAGUACAGGGGGCAGUUGUCACUAUGGCGCCGUUUUAUCUCACACCACAAACAGCGUUUGUCUGAGCAUGGCGGCCAGAGGAAGACAGCUGUCAGCGCCAAUCCAUUCUACAUCCUACCUUCCGGCCUACAUCACUAGCAGUCCUCCUACUGACAGCACUCCACAGCAUGCAGGCAUUAGUAGGGAAGGGCUUGAAACCCACACACCAACAUGAGGCGCAACGUGCCAGGCUUAAACACUGCGUAAAGGACAGAUGGAUGGUAUAAGAAGACAAACGUUAAUGUCAGAACUCUGGAAUUCAAUGGAGCAGAGCACUUAAGAGGGAGAUCUUAAAUACAGGACAAAAAGCAUUUCUGAAAUGGAAAGAAAAAAAACCAAAAACAUUCUGUUGCAUAUUCUCUAUAGAUUCUGAACUUAAAAUGUCUUUUUUCAGACCCCUAAAGUACUGUAGCUUAUCGAAGUACUUUAAGUGUAAAGAAUGUGUCUGCUUUUUGAUUUUGCAUAAAGUGCUGAUUGCAAU